ACUAGCGGAGAGAUUGGAGCAAAUGCUACGCCCGUAAAAAGCAUAACAGCAACAACAAAAAUUGAAAAUCAUAAUAAUAUUUAUGCUACUACAAUAACAUCAAAGCAAAUUAAUAAUAUUGCUGGAACCAUCAAAGCUAAGUUUGCUAUAACUAGUUCUAUAACAACAUCAAAAAUAACUAAUGCAUCAGGUGCCACAAUUGAAUCUGAUAGUAUAGAAGUAACUGAAAUUGAAAAUAGCGGAAAUAUUCAUGAAAAAGGAAGCACAGCUAAAAUAACAGCCUCCACCUCAAUUACUAAUAGUGCAAAUAUUGGAACAGAUAGUAGCAAUUUAACAAUAACCUCCCCUUUAAUUACUAAUAAUUCAGGCGGCACCAUCAAAGCUAAGUUUGCUAUACCCUCAGGUGGCGUAGCAUCAAUAAUCAACAAAGCCAUUAUCGAGAUAACAGCAGCAGAUAAAGCAAUGGAUAUAACUAGUUAUACAGGAAAUGCUACGGGUGAGUUGCAUAUUUUAUUUAGUGAUCUUAGUCAAGCAAUCAGUAAUCCAAUAAUUAAUAUAGCUACAAAAGCUACAUUUGCAAGCACUUCUAAAAUUGUGCUUUGUGGUGGUAGCGGUAUAACAGCACAACAAACUAAAACAGGCGUUCCAUUAAUUAAAUUACCUAGUGAUAAUUCAAUUACUAUAGAUACACAUAAUCAGACUGCAUCAGAUACUAUACUCGAUUCUAUUCUUUAUUCUAAGGUGUUUAGAGAUUCUAAUAACGGUACUAACUAUGCAAUAAUAGCAAAAGAUAUUAAAUAUGAUAAACAUACCUUCUCAGCAACUUUAACGGUAGUAGCAACUACUACACAAAAUAAGCUAGUUAAAGCUGCAAGCCAUACCAAAGCAGCAGCUAAGAAAAGUGUUCCCCAUAAUCAAGGUAAUACCCAAGGAAAUGGUGGUAACAACAAAACUUUAAAAACAGCAACAGCUAAAACUACUAUUGGGGCUUGCACUUAUAAUGAGUCUAAUAAAACUUUAACUUUACAACCUGGUAACACAAAUGCGCAAUGUGUUUUUAAGUUAAAUUCAAUACCACAAGAUAGUAGUAGCAGCCCUAUUUUUUCUGCAAUAACAAAUGUUAAACAUUUAGUAAUUGGUGCAAACUUAGGCGAUGGUAAAGCAUAUGGUUUGCAAAUUACUAAUGGUGGUUCCGCUUUG